UCGGUUAGUCUGCCAAACGACCAGGAAGUACCUAAACGUAGAGCUAUUUUAAUUGUGAGCAUACAUAUGAAUGAUUGUGUGUGACGACUUCCAAUGAGAAAAGUGGAAGAUGAAAUUUGAAAAGAAAUUUUCAACGCAACCACACGAAAUCGAUAAGUUCGCAGGAAAAUCAGAUAUUUUCAGACUGCGCGACCGUAUUUUUCGCUGAAAAAUUUGCUAAAACUGGUGAAAAAAAUAAUUUUUAUUAAGAAAUUAUAAUAUUUAACAGAAGUGUUGCUGAAAAGUGUGAAAAUCUAUAGUGUGACGAAUAUUAUAAGCAAUUUGUUUAAAUGAAAAAACGACAACACAACGAAGUGGAUAUGUCUAAGAAAAGUCUAUUAUGUCCGCAUUUUAAUUGAAAAUAGUCGUUUGCUAAAGGUAAAAAGUAAAAUAUCGUAAUCUAUCAACUGCGUCACUAACGCAAUAUCGAAACAAAAAAAAAAAACAAUAAUAAACAAUUAGAGUAAUAUUUUUCCAAAUCUAUCUUGAAGUGGUUGCGCUGAGUGCAGUUCCAAGCAAACACACUCGAAAAUGCAGCCCCCGCCACGUAAGGGAAAUUAUGUGAAAUUCUUAAAGAAUUUACACACAGAGCAAGUGGCCAAAUUGCAAUUAAAAAAUCAACAUGAAUGCGAUUUGCUCGAGGACAUACGACAGUUCACUAUCAAACGCUCCGCCAUUGAGAAAUCCUACAGCGAAUCGUUGCUCAAGAUCUCCUCGCAGUAUUUGAACAAAAAAAUACCAAAUAUACCAGAUAUAAAAAUGGAAGGCAUGGAGGAGAGAUGGAAUAUGUGGAGCGUUUGGCGUACGGUACUCGAAGAGAAUGAAAAAUUAGCACGCGCACGACUCGCAGCUAUCGAAGUGUUCCAGCAGCAAAUUGCUGACGAAGCUAAAGUGCUGCGAGAUUACAAAUUGGCCAUUUCCAAAAAGUCACUCUCACAGAUAGUGAAUGUACAAAAGGAGUUGCACCUCAGCGUUUCCGAUGUCGAUAAGACAAAAAAGCAAUAUUUCGACGAGGAGCAUUGCGCACACGAUGUGCGCGAUAAAGCACGAGAUAUUGAAGAGAAACUGAAGAAAAAGAAGGGUUCAUUCUUCCAAUCGAUCACUUCGCUGCAAAAGAAUAGUGCACGUGUAACAUCACGUAAAGAAUUGUUGGAAGAAAAAUCGACGGGCGCACGCAAUGACUACAUACUCAGUUUGGCCGCAGCGAAUGCACAUCAGAACCGUUACUUCACAGUCGAUCUGCAGACAACGAUGACCACUAUGGAGAAUUAUGUAUUUGAACGAGUAGCCGAGUACCUGACACUGAUGGGCCGCACCGAAUUGCUCACCUGUUCGGCCACACAGAAUUCGUUCGGCAAAAUACGUGAUCAAGCACAGCAAUUGACGCGCGAAUACAAUUUACAGUGCUGUUAUCUCUUCUAUCCAGUAUUAAAACAACACAUACAAUAUGACUUCGAACCGUGCGAUAACGAUCCGAUAAGAAAGAUCACCACCGAACAUGAAUCGGCAUCGGAGACACUUACGAAAGAGGCUAAGAAUUUGGCGGGACGUGUAGUGAAGGAGAACGUAGCUAUACGAGAUGCCGCAAAGAAAUUAGCCAUUUGUGUAUCGCUACGGGAUUCGGGACAACGCAGUGAUCCUAACGAUCCUAAUGGACCAGAUUUGGACACGAAAAUUGAAGAGUUUAGGGAUUUGAUUCGCCGCUCUGAAACGGAGAAGGCAAAGGCUGAGGCAUGUUUGCAAAGUUUGCGUGAGGGUGGCAUUAAUGUUGACGAAUGGGUGCAGGAGGCAGAGAUUAUGGGCGUACAAGAAUUGGCACGCUCAGCCAGUUCCAUCUCUAUGCGUACAGAUGCUUCUGGACAAGGAGAAAAUCCAAGUUCGGACUCAUUCUACGACAGUGACAAAGAGGACGCAGGCGGUGCGCAGGCAGGUGUGGCUGCCAAGUCUAAAGUCGAGAAGGAGUUGUCGCGCGAUAAGACAUUUAGUGACAGCGAUGAGGAUGUGGAAGAACGUGUACCGGAACCAAUUGCUGCUGCUCCGAUGAUGGCCGCAACUACCGGUUGGGAUGAUCCCACUGAAGUCAACUGGGGUGCUGAGGAAGAGGAGGAGAAAGACGAAUCCAUUGUUCCUGAACCGAAGGAAGCUAUUUUCAAAUGCACCGCUUUGUAUAGCUACACUGCUCAAAAUCCAGACGAACUGACCAUUGUCGAGAACGAACAGCUAGAGGUGAUUGGUGAGGGUGAUGGUGACGGCUGGUUGCGCGCACGCAAUUAUCGCGGCGAGGAGGGCUAUGUGCCGCACAAUUAUCUGGACAUCGAACAGGAUACUGCCGUUAACGGUAGCUCAGGCAAUCAAUUGCGCUCACAAAUCUCAUUCUCAUCUGUCGAUUAUACCGUUGACAAUGAAGAUCAAACCGUGGAUUCCAUGCAGUCACCCGAUCAGGUCUCUGUCAUAAUGGCGCCACAGAAACGGAAGUCCGAUAUACUCUAUUGCAUAGCCUUGUAUGACUACGAUGCGACUGCCGAGGAUGAGCUCACCUUUGAAGAGGGUCAAAUUAUAAAGAUUGUUACAAAGACGGCGCAUGGCGUUGACGAUGGCUGGUGGGAGGGUGAAUUAGAUGGUAAAUUUGGUAAUUUUCCAUCGUUGGUAGUUGAAGAGUGUGAUGAGAAUGGUGAACCGUUGUCGGAAGGUGGCGAUGAGUCACCACCACCGACUGCACCGCCGAGUUUUGCGCUUCCACCCGCACCCGCACUACCGCCAGAGUACGCGCACGAACUGACUGAAGAUAUGUUCGAAUCGCAGGACACUGCAGAUGAUGAUAGCGGCUAUAUACCGAACGGCGGCGCACCCAGCAUGCCUCCACCAGUGCAAAGUAAUAAAGCCAGCAUCAAAAAGGUACUCAUACAAGAGCCUGGAAUGGAGGACGAUAUCAGCGACGAUGGUAAUCCACCACCAUCGCUGCCGCCGCCGGCUUUAAAUGUCGGACCCAGCAAGGAAGGUAAUUCUCUAAAUUUAGGUAUGGCACAAAUAAUUGUUACUGCCGCAACCCCAAUGGUUGAAGACGGCACAGAUAAAUCUUUCCCUCCGGUAGGAGAGAGUGAUGGAGGUAGUGCAGCUGCAGGAACAGCGAAAACUGCCAGCAGCGACGACGGCAAGCCGGUUAAACAGAAAAAGGUGGAACCGAAACCCGUGGUGCAAGUAGCAGCUGAUGAAAAUGAAAAUCAUGAGGACGAUACACACUCAUCCGAUCAGGAUCCGGACUCUGAAGUUAAGACCUUACAAGAGGCCGAAGACCCAUUUAACGAAAAAGGUAGUGUGGCUGAUGCUGGUGAUGGAUUCGAGGCGAAUUUCGAAGCCAACUUCGAUGCGAAUUUCGAUGACGCUUUUGCCGGUGGCGCACAAUCUGCCGAUAUUAAUGCCGAAUCAAGCGCCGAAGACGUCCAAGCACCUAAACAGGUUGUAGGUGGGCGUGCAAGCAUACCCGAGGAAUUGGAUUCGAAUCAAUUGGCACGAUUGCAAAAUCUGAAGGAGUCAAAUGCUUAAACAGUAUUAAAAAAUUAGCGAACCUUGCAUUUAACGAUUAACAAACCGAAUGAAAAAAAUGCACUAAGGAAAAGCGACAAUUAAAGUAUUAUCGAGUAAGCAUUGUGAAGAGGAACAAAUUUGAAGGGAAUACAGACAUACAAACAUAAUAGUAUAUAUUAUGUACUUACAUGAUAAUAUAUGUAUGUGUAUUCACCGUAGAGUUGGAGCCGGCAAGCAAGUGGAAAUGCAAGUACGCUUUUUAACGCCAACUUAGCAUUACGGUGAUCUUCAGUUUCUUUAAAAAGUUGCAUGUAAAUUAAUCUAUUUCAUUUUCGGUCUUUAAAUGCUUUGUAUCACACACUUAGUAUGAUUUCGAAAAAAAGCUAGAAAUUGUAAUAAAAAGCAAGUAUUAUGGAAGAGCCUUAAUGUCAGAAGAUAAUUGUACGCUGAAAUUUCACAGUUGUGUCAACUUUGCACCUUGGUAAAUGUACGUAAACAUAUAUAAAUAUAACGACGAACUCUAAGAUACUCAUAUGUAUAUGACCCGCUUUCAUAAACCUCCACUUGAAUUGAACUAUUAUUAGGGAAAAUGUUAUACUUACUCUAAGUGCAUUCACAAAUACUUAUAAUUACGUAUAAAAUACUCGUACCACAUAUACUAAAGUAUUGCAUAUACUUAUUUAUUAGAGAAUUGAAAUCGUCUAACUGCAGUGGCAUGCCAAAACAGUCAAGUAUUAAAUUUGAGUUUUUUGCCUUCGAAUUCAAUUAAAAAAUUAAAAUAUUAUUUCAUGCACCACUGUAGUUAUAAGAAAAAUCACGAAUGUACUUCAACAAAUGUGCUUGUUAGAUAUAUACUCUCAUAUGCUAUUACAUACCUAUGUACACCUAAACAUUUACUUAUAGAUACUUGUAAUUACACAAACAAAAGCGAUAGCUAAAAUGCUGUAAAUCUAAUAAAAUAAAAUGUUAGCAAAGCAAGGAAAUGCAAUAAGUGAGAAUUCAAAGCAUUAUUAUAGCUAAAGAAAAAAAAAAACAAAAAUUGCUGCAGUCAAUUGUUAAUUUAAAGUUUAAUAGCCAAGUACCUUCAGUGAAAUAUUCAUUUGCCAAUAGUUAUAUACUCAUAUUAAUAUAUAUUUAAAUAUACAAAUAUAGAGUUGCUUUAAUAUUAACUAAAUAUCUAAUUAUAAUUUAUCUAAUUAUUUUAAUAGAAUAAAUAUAGAUUUUUUUUUUGAAUUGUUAAGUUAGAUUGUUCAGUUAAACUCGUGCUUUAGGAAUGGAAUUCAAACUAAUUAAGUUUGGCAAGAAAUUCUUCCAUUAAAUACAUAAUUGUAUGUGUAGCAGAAAAGCAAAAACAAAUAUAAUAAUUAAUUUUACUUUUGAAAUAGAAAGCUGCUGUUUUUGAGGUUGAGGUUAGGUUAGGUUAGGAGAUUGG